CAAAACUUUCACCUCCGACAAGAGAAGAGACCUUUCUCGAACAAUCUCGCCAACAAAAUGCUCUCAAUAUUAAGAAAAGCUCGGUUAAAGGACAAAGAGAUGCGGAUUCUGAUGCUCGGACUUGAUAAUGCCGGCAAGACCACCAUUGUGAAGAAGAUUAUGAAUGAGGAUGUCAAUACAGUUAGUCCGACACUGGGUUUUAUUAUCAAGACAAUAGAUUUUAUGGGGUAUCGGUUGAAUAUAUGGGACGUAGGAGGCCAGAAAACCCUUCGAUCCUAUUGGAAAAACUAUUUUGAAAAGACCGAUACUUUGAUCUGGGUAGUCGAUGCGACAGAUCGGCUUCGAGUCGAUGACUGUCGAGAAGAACUGGCCGGGUUGCUCUUAGAAGAGCGUCUUAUGGGAGCUAGUCUCUUGAUCUUCUUGAAUAAGACCGAUGUCGAGGGAUGCAUGAGUCAAGAUGAAGUUCACGAGCGUCUUUGCUUGGAUGCCAUCAAAACACACAGAUUGACCAUAUUGCCCUGCAGCGCCAUGACCGGAAGAAACCUCCACGAAGGACUGGAAUGGGUGGUCCAGGACGCGAAGGACCGACUAUUCCUGUACUAGCCAUGCGAUUGACAGAGCAUUGCGACACCUACGACUCCUUUCUCGAACAUACAUACGGAGUAUUUGCAGAGUGGAUAAUUCCGGAAGACGCACUCCGUCCAAAGCACAGGGCACAAAAUACCGAAGCGGAAAAACGGGGUUUUCCCCUUUUCUCG